AUAAACACAGGGAUGCAGUAACUUUUAUGUAACAUCUCAUUUGGCGCCAAGCAUAAAAUAUCUUGAGAGUACAAAAUAAAUAAAUGAGAUUUUGUGAGGAUCGUAUGCGAUAUAUACAUAAGUUUAAUAUCAGCAAUAAAAAUGCGUUGUAAUGAGUGUUGUGUAAAUUUUUGCAAAUAUCGUUGCAGUCAUGACAGACCUCAACAGAGAAAAUAGGUUAGAUCAUCUUGUGUUUCGGUUUUGAUGCUCGUCAGAAAAUUUUGAUACCGGCUUAUGCAAGUUACGAUGUUAGUCCCAACAAUUAGAAAGUCUGUGCCGUACAAUCUGCGACGAAUCGUCACGUGUGUUGCUUAUAAAAACAGAAUAAGGACGAGAAUGAUGCGAUAUCGUAGCGAGCAGAAUCUGCUGUCCACUUCGCUGCCAAAUUUCUCCGCCUGUAGAAUUUACAGCACCGAACCGGAUUCUGAAUCGCAGGUUACUCUGCCUAUGCUCGUGGACGGAGCUCCGAUGUAUAUACCGUCUCUCAUAACACCACUGAAGCUUGUCUAUUUUUCACUCUUCAAGAUCAGUCCAUACAUAGACAAAGAAUUUGACGUAGUUGAAGUUCUUAGAGGAGCCAGAUAUGCGACAACAAUAAUAUCCAAAGCUUUAACAAAUAAAAACUAUGAAUCUUUAGAAGGCCUUGUGGCAGAUGAUAUAAUAGAGAUUUUAAAAGCCAAGAUUGAAACUCUCAGUCCCAAUCAAAGACAGUUAAUUUCAGUGAAUGAAGAUGAAAUGUUGUUUUAUGUUUUGUCUGAUAUUGAUGUUACAGUAGGUGACGAGCAUUCCAUUAAAGUUACAAUUACUUGUCACUACAUCCCGGGUCUUGCUGAAAAGAAAGAGAAAUUGAUGAGUAAAGGAUUUCUAGACUUCUCCACGCCACCAGAUCACUUAGUGUGUAAUUAUACAUUUACCCGUAAGUAUGUAAAUAAUGUUGGAGGUCCCUGGAUUGCAACAUUUGUCAAUCAUUAUACUGUAGAAUAAAUAAAUUUGCAAAAUAGCUUAGAAUAUGAAAUUGUGUGUAAAUUGGUUCAAUUAUUUGUUAUUGUUA